AUGUUUUUCCUUCCGACAGAAAAUGUUUUUCCUUCCAACAGGAAAAGUUUUUCCUUCCAACAGGAAAAGUUCUUCCUUCUGACAGGACACAAACGAAUGUCCCACGUCCCACCAACCCAGUCCAUUCCCAAACCAGAGGAACCUAAAGAACCACAACAGUCUCCUCAGCAACCUCAGUUCCAGCAAGUACCUCCACCAAAUUACUACCAAUUUCCACUUCAAGGUUACUACCCACCACAAGGCUUCCCGAACUACCCUCCUCUGCCUAUGCCUUACUUCCCCAACCCUUGGAUGUUCCAGCAAGCUCCACCCCAGCAAUUCCAAUCUCAAUCCAAAUCGAAGAGAGACCAAGAGUUCGAAGAAG